CUCCCAAAGAGAAGGGAAGAGAAGAGAAACUGGCUUAUCACGUGACUCGAAGCUCCAUGACAGCCUCCUGAGAGGACCUCCGACCACUCUUCUCGAGCUUUUGCUUGGUUCAUCCCAGAAAGGCGAAGGAGAUGUUCCCCAACAAGAAGCACUCGAAGCGAAGGCCUCGCGCCGCUGCCCAGUCCUCGCCGUCCGCGCCACGCGCCGCCACCCCCGCCCCCACCGCACUGCCUUCAUCUCACCGCCCUUUCACCCCCUCAACCUCUCUCGUCGACCAAGAGCUCGAGACUCUCCAGGACACCUCCUCCUUCCUCUUGGAGAGCCUCCAAAUCUCGCUCGACGGAGCCGCGACCCCCACGAGCCCUAAUCCUAACCCCAGGAGCUUCCCUUACAGCGUGAAGCAGCAGUGCUGGGACAAGGCCGACAGGCUCAAGGGCCGUGAUCCCGACAGGUGGCGUCGCGACGCCGUCGGGAACAUCGUGUUCCGCAAGCUCGUCGGUUGCCCUGGGUGUCUCUGCCACGAUUACGAUCACAUCGUGCCUUACUCUAAGGGAGGGAAAAGCACGUUGGAAAAUUGCCAGGUUUUACAGGCAACAGUAAAUCGUUCAAAGGGAAACCAGACAGAGAUUUCUAGAGCUGAUCUCAUCAGGAGAAGUUCUUAUUGCCGAGUUUCAGACCGUGACAUGGAUCUUCUUGAAUUGUCCGCAUAUGGCAAUGUUCGCCGGGACCAUGAUUCUGGUGGAUGCAGAAUACAGUGACUGAGCGAUACCGUUGGUCAAACCUUUCUGCACUGUGCAACCGGGUUUCCAAUACGUUCGGCAUGCCGGAGUUUCAAGACUCUGGAAUCCAAAUCCUUUCUUAGUAAAAGAUCCUCAAGAGUCUCGAGUGUACAUUCUGUAUUUGAAAACUACAAUUCUCGUCGAAAUGCAAUCAGAUGCAAUUGUUAAUUGUGAUUUUGCCCAACUUGCAUCAUACUAUGAGCUGUUCCCAGCUCAUGAAGUUCCGGUUUGAACAAAUGACAAAUUCCAUGAUGAUGGACCUUUCAGAUUCAUGGAGGGUUUGAAGAACAAAUGACAAAUCCAUGCUUUCUUCCCCACUUUUUUUUUCUUGUUCAGAUGGAAAAGUGAGGACUUUUCUCA